GUUUAUCGGAAAACGGGUAGGGAAAAACUAAAGCGUUUUGUCAGUAGUAGCUAGUUUUGAGAUAGUCAAUAAAUGCCAUGAAAUGUAUAAAAUGUCUAAAAUAAAUUUUGCAGCUUUCGUAAGAGUGGCAUGUCGCCAGCUUUUUGAGCCGUUGAAUUCAUCCGGAACAACGACGGGAGGAAAUGUCCUGCGUACGCUAUACACAAGUUCUGUCCGGUUACAAGAUGUUGAAGCUCAACCACAAGAGCCCGUGUCCAGCACAACUCCUUCAAAAAGCUCCAAAGAGUUCAGUCUUUAUCCUCCCUUUCCUGGCCAGGACAGUGGUUUAAGAUGGGGAGGCAAAACAUUUGAAGAAUUACCAAUAGUUCAUAUCAAAGCCACCUAUAACAACACUCACAUCCAGGUGACAGACAAUGAGGGUCAGUCGAUGGCCAGAACCUCAUGUGGGACAGAGGGAUUCCGUAACAUAAAGAAGUCCACCCCCAUCGCUGCCCAGACCACCGGCAUCUCAGCUGCUGCGAAGGCACAGGUGAAGGGGGUGACGUUUGUGCGCGUCGUAGUCAAAGGACUCGGUCCAGGUCGCUUGUCUGCUAUUAAAGGGUUAACCAUGGGAGGACUGGAGAUUGUGUCCAUCACUGACAACACUCCGGUUCCACACAAUGGCUGUCGGCCUCGUAAAGCUCGAAGGAUCUAAACCCUAGUAAUCCAGUCCGUCUGUGCCGAAAGCAUCAACAGCUGAGCCUGCAGUCUAAGCAGAGGAGCUGAACACAUUGCUCAUUUCCUUUGCACAGUAUGACGUAUCACACUUCAUGUAACUAUUUGGGGUGUUUCGGUAGAUUUUUUGUGGCUUCUUUGUGUCUUUUUUUAUGUAUUAAACCAAUGGAAUUAAAGAGUUAACUUUU